UGCCGCUCUCUCCCAGCCUGGCUGCUGUCUCCCAGCCCUGGUGCUGAACUGAGUCUAAGAGAUGUGGGAAAUCCUGACUGUACUACUAAGUGGCCUAAUGAGUGGCGUGCUGGAGUUCCCCGGUGCCCAGAGCAGCCUGGGAGUGCAAGGCUGUGCCCUGUUCUACUUCCAGGAGCCCCACAUCCAGUACCAGGUGACAGAUGGGGAGGAGAUGGUGCUUUCCACUUGGGACAGCAAGAGGCAGCUAGUAUCCUGCUCUGUAGAGGUGGAUAAGGAGGCAGUGCAGUUCUUUCUGUCCCGGUGCAUGAGAGCCAGGCAGGAUGCUGUGUGGGGCAGCGGCUAUGGACGCUUUGCUGAAGCCAAAUUGGCUUGUGUCCUCCUCCUUAAUGUAGAUCCACUGAGAAAGAGAGCAGACACCACGGACCAACACACCAGGGUCAAGAGGGGCUUCACCUACCCUGGGACCCUCUGGUGCGGAGCUGGGAACAACGCAGAGGAAGAAACUGAUCUAGGUGAACACAGAGAAACUGACAUGUGCUGCAGGACACACGACCAGUGUGAACAUGUCAUCCACCCUUUUACCUACAGCUAUGGCUACAGGAACUUCCGCUGGCAUACCAUCAGUCACUGCCAAUGUGACAACAAGUUUAAGGAGUGCUUGAGAAAAGUGAAUGACACAGUUUCCCGUGUGGUGGGUCAGGCUUUCUUUAAUGUGAUCCAGGUGCAGUGCUUUGAUUUGACAUAUAAGGAGCAGUGUGUGGAGAGACAUUGGUAUGGAUGGUGUAAGAAGUACAAAAAUGAAUCUGUUGCUGUUCCCAGAGAGUCUGGACUUUAUGAUUAUGGGGGAAAUAUCAUUGAUCAGCCCGCAAAUCCACUGGACAGACAUCAGACCCAACCACUACCUGUGGAGCUGUCAUCAGAGCCACCCACUAUAGGACAAGUAAUACAGGCCACUGAAGAUCUUCUGAAGAUUAUGGUGGCAGUUAGUCCAAGCACCUCACCUGAUCAGUACAAGGUAGAAACCACCAUGAAGAAGAAAGACAAAACAAAAAAGAAAGGAAGGAAACAUAAAAAGGGAAAGGGACUCAAAGGAAAAAGGAAGAACCAGUCCAAAAAGGAAACCAUCAAAUCUCCCAACAAAGAAAUUUUGGGGGAAAAUAUGGUCAAGAAAGAAGUGGGAAUACUGGAUAACCACCCACUAGACUCUGUAUUGGACAUAGGACAUAAACAAGAUCCUUUCAAUGAUAUCCUGAAUGAUGAACCAGUUAGGAAUGCAGAUGCCACAACACCUGCUACUAGUUCACCCACCUACAAGUUUGAGGAAUUCAAAGCUAUGAUGACAUCACUCCCACCGGAAUCUAGACCUUGUAUCGAGAGGCCUCAGAAGAAGAACAGGCAGGAGAGAAAGGGGAAACGACAAAGGAAGAAGAAACCCAAGACAGCAUCCUGUGUUUCAACAGGCAUUGAGUGAACCAAAAAAUCUUCUUCCACACUGCAAUGUAAAUCUCUGUUCAGUUUUGUUGCUGGAGUUAAGGUGCAAAGAUAUAACGUACAAAUGUAAUGACAUUAACUACUCUGCUGCUAAACAGUAUUUCAACAAUCAAUGUAGCCAUAAUGUACUUUCAUACAUCUCAAGACCAUUCAGUAUAAAUUUGCUUCUUGUAUAUGAUAACCAUAAAUGAAGAUUAUGGCAUUGAGCUGGGGCUGCUAUUUGUGAUUCCUGUAUCAGAAGGGGAUAUUGGGUAGUGGGAGGGUAUUGGGUCAGUCUAUUCACCGAUUGACGUCACAGGGAAGUUGCUAUAGGAUUUUGUAUAUAAGAUCAGGCCAACCACUUCCAGAUAUAUUACCAUUAUUUGGUACUAUCUAUAGUAACUCAAAAUGGUGUUUUAUAAAAUCUGAAAAUAAAACUAACAUGAUGUAUUUUUUCAAAGAUAAA